AUGGGUGGCUCUGGGAAGGGCAAGGAUGCCCCUACGACGUCAGCCUCCUCCACGUCGAAUCCAGAUGUGGUUCGCGAUAACUACAUCCCGCUCUUCGACGGCCAGCCCAGCUCAUACAAGGAGUACAGAAAGCGUGUGACGCUGUACUUCAAGAAGAUGGUUUUGGCGAAUAAGAAGACGGAGGCCACGAUCAACCUCUUGACGUCGCUCAACGGGCCGGUGUGGAAACAAGUCGAACACUUGGCGGACACGGCCCCCGAUGAUGACAACGGCUUCAAUAUUGUGUUGCAGGAGCUGGACAGGGUGUACCAGUAUGAUAGCAGGGUUGAGAUGCCGAAGGCUUUUGAGCGUUUCUUCUAUGGCGUCAGCCGCCCCUACGGCCAGACCCUCAUCCAAUACUGCUCCGAACACAGAGAAGCAGCUCGGGAGCUGGAGCGCCACGAUGUGAAGCUGCCGGACCCCGUUGGAGGAUGGCUGCUAUUGAGGAGAGCAGCCCUCACGGCUGAGCAGAGGCAACUUGUGAUGAGUCAGGUCGACAACAAGAAGCUCAGCGUGAAUACAGUGGAGCAAGCCUUGUUCUACCUGUUCGGCCAGGACUACCGGACGAGCAGGACCGAGCCACGGCCCACCGGAAAAGGGCGAGGACACCCCACCUAUCGGUGGGGCAACCACCGCCACUACUCCUCGGCGUACACCGCCGAGGAAGAGGACCCCGGCUAUGACUACUACGAGCCGGACGCCCCGGACGAGUACCCCGAGGCCCAGUACUACGAGGAAGAGUCCGAACUCUACGAGGAAGAGGACCACGACCCCAUCGAGGCAGAGCCCUACGACAGCACGUUCCUGGCAGAUGAGGACGAAGGCGACGAAAUGGUGGAAGAGGCCUACGCCGCCUACCUGGAUGCCAGGCGUAGGUUUGCUGAAGUGAAGGCGGGACGAGGCUACUAUCCGGUUGUGGCGAUGGUCGACCCGGCCGGAACUCAGAUGCCGAUGACGACCACCCCCGCCAAGGGCAAGACUCCAAAAGGAAAAGGCAAGCCGAAGGGCAACCACAAGGGCAAAACCGGAGGAACACGUGGACCACCACCCCCAUCGAAGGGAGCAGCCCGAGCAGAUUCUACACGAUGCCUACGGUGCGGACAAGUUGGACACUGGGCCUCCCAGUGCCCGAAGCCUCCGGCGCCGCAGACCGGAUCCGCCCCUGGCUCCCCGAACAAGAGGCCGAAGCAGGGGACUGCCAUGAUGGCCAUGGGCUCUGGUUCCGCCCUUGCUCCUCGACACUUCGGCAGGUGUGUUGGUCUUCAGGAUGGAGGUGCGUCCUCCAUGGUCGGUGGUCACGACUUUGUCAUGGAAGUCAUCACCGAGUUCGUCUCUAAAGGCCUGGGCCCGGAGACCUUGGCGUUCACGCAGACGAACAAGAGUUUCCUCUUCGGAGGAGACCACCGAAGCCUUGCCGACUGGAGUGUCCACCUACCCGUUUGGAUAGGAGGGACAAAAGGCCGCAUUCAGUGCUUCUUAGUGGAAGGGACCAUGCCCAUCCUUAUCGGCCGCCCCCUCCUCAAGGCCCUGAAGGUCAAGGUGAACUACGACACCGACAUGGUGUCCGUGCUGGGAGAGGGCUGGACCUCCGUCCUAAAAGGUCCAAAGGGCGAACACCUCCUGGCCCUCGAUGACGGUCUCAGCGAGGACACACUCCAAGCAGAGUACGACUUUGACUAUGUCACCGACGACUGCGUGGAGGAUUUCCUAGCAGACGGUGUGUUGCACAGCCUGGGGGACUACCUGAAGCAAACUGGCCGCGCGGGACCCGUCUUCACGAUGGAUGAAAUCAUGCUCGAGGAGGACGAGCCCGCGAUCAACCUCCUCGACGACCAGGCCCAAGACAUCCGGGAGAAUGCCAAUUUGGCUCCUGCCGUCGAAUGCCAGGUGCCCCCCACGCUCUGGAAAAGCAUCAUCUUUGGGAUCAACCGCUCCAAGAACAGCCUGGACAGGCAACUUGAGAGCGCAUAUCGCGCCUCAGACGAAAGCUGCGCCAUGUUCUGGGAGGUCUACAGUGGCUCUGGGAACCUGUCUGCGGCUAUGCGGCAGUAUGGCUUUCAAACCCGAACCUUCGACCUGCCCGAGUGGAACUUUGAGGUAGCUAGCCACCGGCGCGCCUUCUUCGAGCUUCUGGAGAAGGAGAUGCCACACAUUGUGUGGCUGGCCCCUCCAUGCACCAAGUGGUCACCGCUGCAGAACCUCUCCAAGCGGACCCAGGAGGACCUCGACGUGCUUCAGGCGACCCGUGACUUUGAACACCAUACCCACCUCCUCUUUGUGAGAAGGGUCUUCCUGCGGAUGGCCCAGCUGGGCAUUGCGGUCAUCGAGCACCCGCAGAACUCCAAGGCCUGGAGCACACCAGCACUACAUGACCUUGGCCUGGAGAUCAUCAUCGACCAAUGUGCCCUGGGAGCAGCCCUGCCGGACCCCCAAGGAAACAUGCUCCCGAUCAAGAAGACAACAAAGCUGGUAGUGAACCACCAGCUGUUGACGGAGACCUUGGGCGUCUAUCGGUGCGAUGGCACCCACCGGCACCAGGCCCUCAUGGGAUCAGCCUCGAUGAUCGGCUCACGGGCGAGAGCCUACUACGCCCACUUCAUUUACGGCAACUCUACAGCAGAGGAAGCGCUCCCUGCCUCGGACAUUGACAUGGAAGAGUACGAGCCCUCCGAAGGACCACCAGACGAUGAUGAUCUGUACCCGCGCCAGACCACGGGAGACCUUGCCGACCUCGACCUUCCCUCAACUGCCGACAUGGAAGCCGAGCACAACUUUGGCAGGAACCUUGGUCACCCCAACAAUCGAGACCUACGAGUCAUCCUGGCACAAAGUGGAGCCAACAGGCUGGUAGUAGAGACCGCGGAGAACUACCAGUGCCCCUCGUGUCGGAAGUUGGCGCCACCAGUCCAGGUGCCCAAGACUACCCUGCGCACUACCUUCCGCUUCAAUGAGAGAUUGUUGUCCGACACGGUGUGGCUACAGGUCCUGGACAAGACUAUCCCGGUGAUCACUAUGAUGGACGCGGCAACCCGGUAUGUUGCCGCCCGGGUGAUUCGAAGAGAGACUUCUGCCGAGUUUCUACAAGCCCUUGAGCGAGGCUGGAUCCGCGUCUUCGGCCCUCCACGGACCUUGUUUGUGGACAGCCACCGAGCUUGGGGAAGUGAUGAGGUGAUGCAGUAUGCCUCCGAGCAUGGAAUGGAGCUGGUGAUCUCCCCUGGCGAGGCCCACGAACGCCUUGCCCAACUGGAACGACGCCACCAAGUACUGCGACGAUCCGUGGAACUAUACUUGGAGGAUAGUCCGCCGACCGGACCCGAGAGCCUUGUGGAGGCGUUGUGUUUCAUCAUCCCCCAGCUCAACCAGAGCCUCUCUGUUGGAGGUUUCAGUCCUACGCAGUGGGUGUUGGGGUACCAACCCAACAUUCCCGGGAGUCUCUUGGAUUCCAAUGUGAACUACAGCCACCUGGACCCCACGGAAGCCUUCCAACACAAGAUGCAGUGCCGAGUCCGGGCCGCCACCGCGGUGGUCAAGGCCGACAACGACCUCCGUCUACGCCGAGCUCUACUUCGACAGCACCGCGGCGACCCGCCACGGAUGCUGGUGGGCCAAAAGUGCUUCUAUUGGCGAGAGGCAGCAGGCACGGGACCACGCAUACGCUGGAAAGGUCCGGCCACUGUGGUGUUGGUGGAAAGUCAGAGGGGGCCCGACCAUCCGCCCACCGUCUACUGGCUGGUGCAUGGGUCCGCUCUUAUCCGAGCUGCCCCUGAGCACGUCCGACCCGACCUGGAGUCAGACACGCUGGCCGCGGACCCCCCGGUUCUACAUACGAUGGUGCGGCACAUUCAGAACCGUGGCACAACAGUGUACCUCGACCUCCUCAAGACCAACAAGAAACGCCGCCGCGAGGACUUGGCACACUCCGACGACGAGGCCAUGGACGAUGAUGACGGUGACUCCCCGCCGCCUAAGGGCCCACUUCCUCGACUACCACAAGGCGCCCCGGCCGCUCCUGCAGAUUCCCCGUCGUGGCCCAGUCUGCCCAACUCGACCGACAUCCUCAACAGCGACAACAACUUCCCGGACACACCGAGAUAUGCUGGCGGCCCGCCAGCAGGUGUCACUCCGACAGAGGCAGCUACGACACCAAUCCCACAUGAAGAAGGGUCGGACAGCGAGCAGACAGAUGACGACCCCUCGGUGAACCCGGAUCCGGACUCUGCGGAAGCUACUACAACCGCGCCUACCACAGCAGAUAGACCGGGGACGGCUACAGGCGGUGAGACUUCGUCCGGAAACACCCCCAACGACGACAGGCACCACACCUUCAGCCCCGACGGCCCGGAGACCUUCGAGCAGAAGCGAGCCCGCAUCGACAGAAGCGAGACCAUCAGCCACGUUAUCCACCCGACCUUCCGCACGCCGACCACCCCUGAGACCUUUGAGCAGAGGAGAUCCCGCAUCGAUCGGAGCGAGACCAUCAGCUACGGGCCCCGUGGACCAACCACUCCUCAACGACCACAGCCAUACGGGCCUACUACCGAACAUGGCUUCCUCGUUGACGUUCUUGAGCCGGAGAGCGAUGAUGGCUCUGAGUCGAUCGGUCUACCAUCGGGAUGGUAUGCGGAUGAACAUGGCUACCUGGUCCUGGAGCCCGUCCACGACACCUGGGAGCUGAAGGGCAACACCCUGAUUCGGAACCACUACGUGGCCAGAGAUUGUGCGUUCAAUCCACGGGAGACCGGCGACUGCCCCAUCCCCGAGGAGAUGCUGGCCAAGGACCGCGCGACCCGAAAAGGGAGGCACUGCCACCAAGACCGAUGGAGAAACAGCCCUCACAAGAACGACGGCCACUACUGGACGGGACAGACCUCAUUCAAGAUCCUGGUCCGUCACCGACGAGAUGCACAACAAGCUUUCUACGUCGCCUCUAAGGGUGCCACCACUUAUGCUGGCACCAAGGAAAAGAGGCAGAAAGAUGCCAGGAGCAACUUGAGCGAAAGAGCCAUGUCUUUGGCAGACAGGGUGGCUUUCGUGCAGGCGAAAAAGAAAGAACUGGAAUCGUUUUUCACGAACCAGGUGUGGGAGUUUGCGACGGAACAGGAGGCUCCCGCCAAUCGAGUUCUGAAGGCCCAUUUCAUCUUGAAGUGGUCCAAGCACCCAGAUGGAAGCCCACGGGCCAAGGCCAGGCUGAUCACCCAGGGUUUUCGAGACCCUGAUGCGCUGGCCGGCCUCCUGGACUCUACGAGCCCUACGUUGUCUCGUUUGGGAAGAACCACCCUUAUGUCGCUGGCCUCCCUACGAUCCUGGAGCACCUUCAUCGCCGACAUCACCACCGCCUUCUUACAAGGUGAAGAACACCCUGCCUCCCGGACAUUGUGGAUUCGCCUUCCUGCGGAUGCCCGAGCCCUGCUCGGCAUCACAGACCCGCGGGUCUUGAUGAGACUCCGUAAGCCUAUGUAUGGCCUCUCCGACGCACCUCGAGCGUGGUACGAAGAAGCCUCCAGAAGGUUGCUGUCCCUCGGAUUCACCAAACAUCCACUUGACGAAUGCCUCUAUCUUUUGUUUGACACCGAACUCCGAUGCGCGAUCGGCCUGCACGUGGACGACUUGCUCGGAGUGGUGGAGCCCUCGUGGGCUUCGAAAACAAGGGAGGAUCUACAAAGCCUCUUUGCAUUCAGAGACUUCAGAGAAGACCAGCCGAGCUUCGACUUCCUGGGCACCCAGGUGACAAGACAACCAGAUGGCGGCCUGGCGUGUGGACACGAGGAGUACAUCAACAAGGUGAAGCCAAUCCCCCUGGAAAAGAGCCGCCAGGCUGAUCCCGACAGCCCCGCCACGGACAAGGAGAAGACGCAGCUUAGAGCUUUGGUGGGUGCGCUUCAAUGGGCGGCUACGCAGACCUCCCCUCACCUACAGGUGCACACCUCGAUGCUAGCUGGUGAGGUGCCGAAGGCUACCGUGGCCACCAUCCUCGCGGCCAACAAGGCGUUGCGCUUCGCCAAGGCGAACUCCGAUGUGAAGCUUCUCUACCCGCCCCUCGUGGACAACCUGGAGGACAUCGUUUUCCUGGCCUACUCGGACGCAGCUUUUGCGAGCCGCGCCGACAUGUCGAGCCAAGGAGGAUACAUGGUGUGCCUUACCAACAAGGCAAUCCUGGAUGGAGGGAUCAGCAGCUACCACCUCCUGGACUGGAGAUCGUUUCGACUCCCCCGGGUUGCCCGGUCCACCCUGGCAGCAGAAGGACAAGCAGCCGCUGAGGCAGCCGACUGCCUCCACUUCGUGAUCACGUUCUGGAAGGCCCUGCUCGAUCCAAACUACAGGAUCAACAGCGACGAUAGCUGUUUCCGGUGGAAGAACGAGAGCCUCCUCGUGAUCGACGCCAAAUGUCUCUACGACAUCCUCCACCGCGAGGAACUCUACGUGUCCAGCACCGCUGACAAGCGGACAUGCCUGGAGGCCCUGGUUACCCGGGACAAGAUGAAGGAGAUCGGCGGGACCGUGCGAUGGGUGUCAUCCGAGCGCCAGUACGCCGACGGACUCACCAAGGACUCCGCGACACAGCUCCUGGCGGAUCGUCUACGAACCCACCAGCACAAGAUCACGGCGGACGAGACUUACCGAAAGAAGGACGCAGGUGAACGAGCGAGGAGCGCAAACCAGUUCGCGCGGCCAAAGGCUGCAGCGUCGGCAAUUGCCGCCACCGCCUACCUGACGACCAUCUCCGAGGCCUACAAGCUUGAGGACCUGGAGGCCCUCACCGUCUACCGCCUCCCAGACGAGAUCACCUACCACGAGGCGGGCACCUACCUGUUCGUGAUCCUACUGGUGGCGAUGGUGCUGAUCUACUGGCACCCCUGGACGAGAUGGAAGCUGCUGCGGUUCCAAAGAACCGCCCCCUGCCCAGCAGAGGCCACCACUCAGACGGAGAACAUCCACGUCCAGAGCUACGCCCAGACCGACGCGACCUACCUUGUGCAGCCCUUCCCGGAGAUGAGAACCUUCAUCAACCGCGGCAGUCAGACGGACAGCCUUGCGCGGGGGAGUCGGCACUCCUCCUUGGAGACUGUGCUGCUGGAGCUUGCGACGGUUCGUGAUCAGAACAGAAGGCUUGCUGCAGCGGUACAGCAGCAGCAACACCUCCUCGACUACCACACGAGCAAUCGGCUCAGCCACCACCAUGUCGGGGACAUCUACGUCACGCCACAUGGACGGGUGUGGCACACAAGUGACACGUGCGCCCGGAGCCGAACCGAGAACCGCAUCCAGGUGAGGACCCCAUGCUCCUACUGCACGGACAGCUGGAUCCCGGUUCCUGAACACCUUCGCUACAAUCCUCACUUCCGACUUCAACAUGUGCCUGACCGAGACCCCACGGCCGCUUCGUCUACUACCACCCCAGGCAAUGGUCACACAUUUCAAGUUCUCGGAGAGACCGGCUCGUCGUGA